AUGAAGGGCUUCGGAAAGGCCCUCUCGCGGACGCCCCAUCAGCUCACCAGCCGCAUGGGCAUGUCGAAAAAAUCGACUGAUGCCGAGUACAAUGACUGGGAGCGCAAGUUCGCCGCCGUCGAGUCAGCGUCUGAGAAGAUGCACAAAGAUUCGGUCGUGUUUCGCGACGCAGUGACCACACUCCUCACGUCUGGAUCCAGCUUCUCUGGCUCGCUGGCGACCUUGUUCUCGCCUAUCGGUGCCGAGUACGACCUGCUCGCCAAGUUCCCUCAAGCCGAGGCCACUGUCAAGAAUAUCUCAGCUUACCAGCGCCUUAUGGAGGAACUCCGAGACACGCUUGCGCCUGAGCUCGAGCUCAUUGACAGGCAAAUCGUGCAACCCAGCAAGGAGUUGAACGAGAUCUGCAAGAGGAUUCGCAAGACUUGCACAAAGCGCGACCACAAGCUGAUCGACUAUGACCGACACAACAACAGCCUCAACAAGCUCCGAUCCAAGGAAAAGAAGAGCCUGAGCGACGAGAAGAACCUGUUCAAGGUGGAGCAGGACUUCGAGCUUGCAUCGGGAGAGUACGAGCACUACAACAACCUUCUCAAGACGGAGCUUCCCACGUUCCUCCAGAUGGCCACUCGCUUCGUCGACCCUCUGUUCCACUCCUUCUACUUCAUGCAGCUGAACGUCUACUACCUCAUGCAGGAGAAGCUCCAGUCGUUUGCCGAUGGCAAAUAUGACCUUGAACGCCGAGACAUUGAGAAUAUCUACCUCGAGCAGCAAGGCGAUGUCGCCGAGCAGCUGGACAACCUCAACAUUACCCACCGUAUCGCUUCUACUGCCAAGCUUCUCCAGCAGUCGCGCGGUGGGGCAGGUCUGUCUGCCAAGCCUUCCAUUGGGUCCAAGGCGGCUCUGGAUCGCAAGGAGUCUGUUGGUUCGUCGUAUGGUGGCAGAACUGUUGCCGCACCUCCACCCCCCUACUCUUCGUCGGCAGGCGCUGCGUCCGCUAUUGCAGGAAAGAAGGCCCCGCCGCCUCCCCCUCCUCUCAAGCCGAAGCCGGCGGUCGCCCCCAAACUCUACUGCACGGCUAUCUUUGACUACGAGGCGCAAGCUCAAGGCGACCUGUCGUUCUCUGCGGGUGACCGUAUUGAACUUGUCGAGAGAACCGAUUCGGCCGAGGACUGGUGGACAGGCAAGCUCAAUGGUGUCCAGGGCAUCUUCCCAGGCAACUACACUCAGGUGGACUGA